CAAGGAGGUUGGUCUUCACACGCAAUUGACUGAACUAAAGUAGAGUUGUCAGACUCCACUUCCACGGUUACUUCUCUCCCCAUGUUCUCUCUUCUCCAUUCUUUCAUAAAGCGCACACCUUGAAGCAGUGCCAAGGCUUCCGCUUGAAGAGGCGAUUGAGCCCGAAUCAGACAAGCAAAUCCUCCCAUGAGCUUUCCUGAGGAGUCUCGGCAUACACCAGCCACUGCACAUGGUGUAGAGCCAGCAACGAAGGCUGCGUCCACAUUAAGCUUAAGAGCUCCUUUCUCCGGCGGUGUCCAGAUUGCAGGAACCAGAGUACUUCGAAAACGAGCUCGAGAGACGGCGAGGCUGACUUUGGUUGUCCAGGGACAAAGGAGAAAGAGGUGCUCUGUUGUCUCCGGACACUUCUUACACACUGGGCACAAUGGGUCAGGUAAGAUUCUUCGCUUGAACAAGUUUUCCUUUGUAGGCAAGGCAUUUUGGCAAAGUUGCCAUAGGAAUAGUUUAAUUUUAGGUAGGGUGUUCAUAUUCCACACUUUAGACCAUAGGGCUCGUGGUAUUUGGUACGAGGAUGAGGCCUGUUGAUUGGCUGGGCCGUCUACUUCUUUUUAGAGAUGAUUGUAAUCGCUUUUGACUGAGUAA